GACCAUGGGGACGGCAAGUUCUUGCGGAUGUUGAUGUUCGGGAAGCCCGGCGCAGGGAAAGGGACGCUGUCUGGACGAUUGGUCAAGAAGUACGAUAUCACGUCCUUGUCUGCAGGGGAUCUAUUGCGCCAGCAGAUUGCAGAAAGGACCGAAGUCGGGAGGACGGCUGAGAGCAUCGUCGCGAGCGGGGGCCUCGUCUCGGAUGAUAUCAUGCUGAAGAUUGUCUCGUCCAAAUUAGAUCAACUCCGUAAUAAACACUGGAUAUUAGAUGGGUUCCCCAGAACUCUUCCCCAGGGAGAAAUGCUGGAUGAGGCGUUGCAUACCCGAGGGACCCCUCUUACCUUGAUCGUCAACCUCGAUGUGCCCGACGAGGUUAUCCUCAGUCGGAUUUCGGAUCGAUGGAUCCACCUGCCGUCCGGGCGUGUGUACAACAUGUCUUAUAACCGACCGAAGGUCGAAGGUUUUGACGACGUCACUGGUGAACCUCUCACCAAACGACCUGACGAUAAUCCCGAAAUUUUUGCCCGUCGCCUGAAGCAAUUCUACGAAUCAACGUCCCCAUUACUAGCGUACUUUGCGUCUAAACCGUCCAGCGCAACAAAACUCGUCACUCUGCGAGGGGAGACGUCCGACGAAAUCUGGCCGCAGCUGGAGAGCGUCGUCACCGGUACGUUCCCUUCUCUGAGGGAGCGCGUCGAGCCCAAGGAGGAGAGGCGG